AUGUCUGACACCCCUCGUUCGGAGAAGGAGCUGUGUCUCACCCGAUUCAGCACCCCAGUGCCGGAAUUGGACGACCACCGCUUCUCGAUGGAUCCUCCACGUAUUGAGACCACUAUGGAGGAUUCGAUGAAGGAGUUCAACUUCGGUCACCAAGGACCAAAGGGAGAGACUCUGGACCGUCCCGAUCUCUUGCAUGCCAAUGACGCUCUACGUGAUGGUCCCUUGUUCCGAGACUUUGAACAAGCUGUCGUGGAUGCCUCAGAUGAUGAAGGAAACGGGGUCGGCCAUCGCUUCUCUGCUGAUCCCACGGCUCAGUUCCAAACCCCACGCCGCAUUAGCGUUGGCCAUCAAGACCUGGGCACUGUUUCCCGCGCCUCGUCUGUGUCCGCUCGGUCAUCCUCGCCACCAAACUCCGUGGAUGCCUUCGCUGAUCCUCGUCGCCGUGAACGCGCCAAUACUCUCGACAGCCAUGGCCCUCCAGAUCUCGAGGCCAUGCUCCAGCGCACCGUCUCUGGCGGUACGCAGGCCCGGCGUCCGACUUUCAGCAAUGCGAGUGUCAUUCGCCCUCAGCCUGGUGAUCUUCCCGAUGGCCCGGAAGAGGCUUGUGUUCAUCCAUUCGAGGAGCCUGGUCGAAUCCCCGUCAUCGACUAUGAGGAACUGGAGGAGUUCGUGGCCCUGAACCAACAGGUCAGGACUACUAUUGCCCGCCGUAAGCACAGCAUGAGCUCGCAGAGCAAGAGCCCUCGCAUCUUCUACGAUCUGCGCCCCGGUGAGAAAGGCCAGACGGGUGGGAUUCAGAAGUCCGAAUCAACCGAUACGACUGGUACGUACCGAGCCAAUGAGGAUUCCGAGGAAGAGUUCCCCAAGGUUGUCGACGAGAAGCAACUGGUGGAGAAUCUCCCCAAUAUCAGUGACCCUAUGCGAUUUGGCUUCUUCUCUUCUGAGUCCCAGACAACAGUCCAUGCUGCAGACCUUGGAGAUUUGGUGCUCCCUGGUGAUAGCUUCCGUGACCUUUUCCAGCUGGGUCCUGAGGGUGGUGUAUGGUGGUUGGACGUGGUCAACCCUACUGAGGAGGAGCUGGGUGCAAUCUCCCGCGCAUUCUCCAUCCAUCCCCUGACAACCGAGGAUAUUCUCACGCAGGAAGCUCGUGAGAAGGUCGAGCUGUUCAAACAGUACUACUUUGUCUGUUUCCGCACGUUCUUCCAGAUGGACAAGACCAGUGAGGAGUUCCUGGAACCGGUCAACUUCUACAUGGUGGUCUUCCGUGAUGGAGUCUUGACCUUUUCAUUUGAGAACAACCCUCACGCUGCCAACGUUCGCAAGCGUAUUGGAAAGUUGCGUGACUAUGUCUCGCUGAGUAGUGAUUGGAUUUGUUACGCCAUGAUUGAUGACAUUGUUGAUAGCUUUGGUCCUGUUAUCCGCGAUGUCGAACUCGAAUCCGAGGCAAUUGAAGACCAUGUAUUCAUUGCCCGAGUAGACGACUUCGAGUCCUUCUUGCCCCGUAUUGGUGGUCUCCGCAAGAAAGUCAUGAGUUUGAUGCGCCUUCUUGGUGGAAAGGCAGAUGUCAUUCGAGGAUUCUCGAAGCGUUGCAACGAGCAGUACUCGGUGACUCCACGUGGCGAUAUUGGUCUUUACUUGGGUGAUAUCCAGGAUCACGUCGUGACCAUGAUGUCCAACUUGGCUCACUUUGAAAAGAUGCUGAGUCGGUCGCACACCAACUAUCUGGCCCAGCUGAAUGUCACCAACUUGGUUCUCGGUAACCAUGUGAACAAGGUUCUUAGCAAGGUGACCCUCAUCGCUACCAUGCUCGUCCCCAUGAACUUGAUCUGUGGUCUGUUUGGUAUGAACGUGAAUGUCCCUGGAAAGGACGCCGGUGGCCUGGGAUGGUUCUUUGGUAUCUUGGGAGUAAUGGGAGCUAUUGUUGUGGUGAGCAUGUGUCUUGCACGUUGGCAGAAGUUAGUUUAA